ACGGAGGAGGACACACCGAAGGGCUGGAUUUUAACCCGACCGUGACCGACCUAUUAUCUGCCGGUCUGACGCCGCUCGUGUCGCCGGUGAAUUGAGGGGAAAAAAAACGACGCUCGAGGGAGCGUUUUUGCCAGAAGCGUGACCCGUCGCUGGGAGCAAUCAUGUUCCGAAACAGUCUGAAGAUGCUGCUGGGAGGCAAAGGUCGCAAGAGCAACAACAGCGGUGGCAGCAGCAUAGACUCAGAGGGCUCCGAAGUCAGGAUGAUGGAGGGAUUCACCCGUUCACUGCCCUCCUCUCCCCUCCUCAACCUCCGCCUGGCCAAGAGACCCGGCGAGGAUGAGGAGCUGGGACCGCCCCCCUCCGUGGACGAGGCGGCUGAUGCUUUGAUGACCCGGCUGGGCUUCCUGCUGGGGGAUAAGGUCGUGGGUGGAGAGCCAGGUUCUGCUUACCACGGCCAGGAUGACGGACAGAGGAUGUCUCCUUCCUCCAGUCUGGCCAGUAGCAACACCUCCCCCUGCUCCACACUGCAGCCUCCUGCUGGAGGGGAGGGCAACAACAACAACAAGCACACCUCCCCCAGCCACGCCUCCGUUGCCUCCCCCUCCUCAACGCUGGAGAGCAGAGACAGCGGCAUCAUCGCCACGUUGACCAGCUACUCUGCUGACUCGGCUGCCGAGAGGGACGACAGCCCCAAGUAUCCUAGCGACUGUUACCAUGGCAGCAGCCUCAACCUCUGGCAGCAGGGAGGUCGGCCGGUGGUGGCCUCCACCUCGUCUUCCUGCAUGGCGGCAGCAGGAAGCGCGAACGACUGCUUCCUGUACAGGGUGGAGGACCACAUGGCCGCCUCCACUUACAGCCUCAAUAAACUGCACCCGGACCGAGGUCCCGGCUCCACCCACUCCAUCCCCCUCUACCUCAUGCCCCGCCCCAAUUCAGUCGCUGCCACCAGUACGGCCCACCUUGAAGAUCUGGCCUAUCUGGAUGAGCAGCAGAGACACAUCCCCUCGAGGACGUCCCUCAGAAUGCCCCGACAGAAUUCUGGGAGUCGUAGUCAACCGGACCACAGAGUCCGUUUCACCCCCUCCCUCAACCUGAAGCCCCUCCACUUCGAGGUCCCCGGCCUCUCGUCUGAUUGGCUGUUCACCGGCAGGGGGUGGCUCUUCCAGGAGGUGGACGCGUGCCUCCGCAGCGACAACCCGGCGACCGGACGGGGCGUGGUGAUCGUCGGCAACAUGGGCUUCGGCAAAACGGCCAUCAUCGCCCGUCUGGUGGCGCUCAGUUGUCACGGCAACCGCAUGUGGCCGAGCGCGGCCGGGAGUCAGACCAUACCCAAACAUGUGGAGCCGGUUUCUUUCUCCCACGAUUCCCUGGGAAGAGGAGGAGGAGGAGGAGGAGAUGAAGGAGGAGGAGGAGGAAGCUGUCCGGGAACUCCAGAGAUGAGGAGGAGACAGGAGGAGGGGCUGAGGAGGCUCGCUGGACAGGUGGUCUCGUAUCAUUUCUGUCAGGCUGAUAACUGCCACACCUGUCUGGUGCCGGAGUUCGUCCACAACAUGGCGGCGAUGCUGAGCGAAGCCCCUCUGCUGGCGGCCUAUCGGGAGCUGCUGCACCGGUCGCCGCACCUGCAGAGCAUGCUCAGUCUGCGCUCCUGCAUCCAGGACCCGAGCGCCGCCCUUCAGAGAGGGAUACUGGAACCGCUGGACGCUCUCCACAGAGAGAGGAAGUUGCAUGUGGAGGGAGCGGGGCUUAUUGUACUAAUUGAUGGGCUGAAUGAGGCGGAGUUCCACCGGCCGGACUACGGUGACACGCUGACUUCUUUCCUGACCCGAAACAUCCAGAAAUUCCCGUCCUGGUUGAAGGUCAUCACCACUGUCAGGACCGGUCAGCAGGACAUCACUCGUUCUCUGCCGUUCCACCGCAUCUCCCUGGACAGGAUGGAGGAGAACAGCGCCAUAGACAGGGACCUGCAGGGUUACCUCAUGCAGCGUAUCCAAAGCAGCGCCGAGAUCCAGAGCAACGUGUCGCUGAGCAACGGCCGCCUUGACAACACAGCGCUGGCCAAGCUGAUCAGCCACCUGAAGAGCCUGAGCAGAGGCUCGUACCUCUACCUGAAACUGACCCUGGACCUGAUAGAGGGGGGGUAUCUAGUCCUGAAGAGCUCCAGCUUCAAGGUGGUUCCUGUGAGUCUAGCAGAGGUUUACCUGCUGCAGCUCAACAUGAAGUUUCCCACCCAGUCGUCUUUUCAGAGAGUCCUGCCUCUGCUCAACGUCACCGUGGCGUCGCUGCACCCGCUGACCGACCAGCAGCUGUUCGAGGUGGUGAACGCCGGCGCCGUGACCGGAGGAACCCUGCAGUGGGCCGAGUUCUCGCAGCGCCUGGAGCAGCUCUCCUCCUUCCUCCUGCGGCGAAGCGACGGCAGCAGGAUGCUAAACCACGCCUCCUUCAGGGAGUGGCUGGUGUGGCGGGAGGAGGGCCAGGACGACAGGUUCCUCUGCGACCCCAGGAGUGGACACACUCUUCUGGCCUUUUGGCUCUGCAGACAAGAGGGGAAGCUGAACCGACAGCAGACACUGGAGCUCGGACAUCACAUCCUGAAGGCUCACAUCUACAAGGGUCUGAGCAAAAAGCUUGGGGUUUCCUCGUCAGUUUUGCAGGGGCUGUGGAUGUCCUACAGCACAGAGAGCCUGAGCCCCGUCCUCUCAUCGCUGCGCAACCUCUACACCCCCAACAUCAAGGUGAGCAGGUUGCUGAUCACAGGCGGGGCUGACGUGGAUUACCGUAGCGACGUCCUCAACAACGCCCCCCUGCUGUGCGCUCACGCUCACCUGGGCCACGCCGACGCCGUGGCGCUGCUGCUCGACCACGGAGCUCAGGUGGAUGCUCAGUCACAAGACGGAUUGACUGCACUGGGAUUCGCCGCAGCAGCCGGUCAUCUGGACAUCGUCACCAUGCUGAGUCAGCACAGAGCCAAGGUGGGCCAUGUGGACAGCUCAGGCCGGUGCGUGCUGGUUCACGCCGCCCAGCGAGGCCACCUCGAGGUGCUGCGCUUCCUGCUGAGGCGGGCGGACUGGAGCUGCACCUCCUGCUGCGGUGAGAGAGGGGCGAGCAGGAGCCAGGCGGUGCAGCAGGCUCUGAUUGCAGCAGCCAGCAUGGGCCACACGGAGACAAUGUCAUACCUGCUGGAUCUUCCAGAGGAAGAUGAGGAAGAAGAGGAGAGACCUGAGAUUAACAUAUACGACAGUCUGUGGGGAGAGACAGCUCUGACAGCAGCAGCAGGACGUGGCAGGUUGUCUGUCUGCAGGCUGCUGCUGGACCAGGGGGCUGCUGUUGAGCAAGGCAACAGGCAGGGAGUGGCGCCGCUCUUCAGUGCCGUGAAACGAGGCCACUGGCAGGUGGUGGAGUUGCUGCUGAAUCACGGGGUGGAGGUGAACAUGGUCGACCAGCAGGGUCGGACAGCUCUGAUGGCGGCGGCCUCAGAGGGACACAUGACCACCGCCCAGCUGCUGCUCGAUCACGGAGCCUCUCUGGAGCAGAACGACAGAGAAGGUUUGACGGCGCUGAGCUGGGCGUGCCUCAAAGGCCAGCUCCCAUUGGUCAGAGAGCUGGUGGAGAGGGGCGCGACCACAACUCACGCUGAUCGCAGCGGGCGGACACCUCUGGACCUGGCUGCCUUCUGCGGCGACCCAGAAGUGGUGCAAUUCCUGGUGGAUCACGGUGCGUCUGUGGAGCACGUGGACUGCAGCGGGAUGCGUCCUCUGGACCGAGCAGUUGGCUGCAGGAACACUUCAGCGGUCAUCGCUCUGCUCAGAAAGGGAGCCAAGAUAGGACCAGCAACCUGGGCCAUGGCAACCUCUAAACCAGAUAUCUUAAUGGUUCUGCUCAGUAAACUGAUCCAAGAAGGAGACAGACUGUACAAGCAAGGUAAAGUGAGGGAAGCUGCUCACUCGUAUCAGUCGGCGCUCCAGAAGUUUCCAGGAGACGAGCUAAAGACGUUCCGACAGCUGAGAGUGUGUGUGCUGCUCAACCUGUCACGCUGCCGCCGCAAGAUGAACGACUUUAUUCUUGCUGAGGAGUUUGCUACCAAGGCUCUGGAGCUGAAAGCCAAAUCCUAUGAAGCCUUUUAUGCCAGAGCCCGCGCCAAACGCAGCCGCAGACAAUUCCAUGCAGCCCUGGAGGACCUGAUUGAGGCCAGCCGCCUGUGCCCAUCCAACCGGGAGAUCCAGCGCCUGCUGGCUCGAGUCAAGGAAGAGUGCCGGCAGGCUGCACAACAACAACAAGAGUCUCCCCCUCCUUCAGCUCAUCUCGUUUAUCAACAAAACGUAGCCGUGUCCAUCAGCGAGGCCAGGAGCAGAGAUUCAGGAUGUCUGCAGGUACAGGACAGGGAGGGCCUUACUGAGGAAGAGGAGGAAGAGGAGAACGAGGAGGAAAUGAGUCUCAGGCAAGACUCCUCCUUUCACCCUCAACCUGUGGUUCAAAGUCUUGACACGCGCUGCCGGUCUGGGGGGCCGUCGCCAUCCUCCAUCUCCCCCACUCACCUGUAUCAUCACCUUCCCAGUCCUACUCACUCAGCCUCCCUCUCUUCUCCCAGUCACUCUGCACCUCCUCCUCCCUCCUCCACCUCCUAUCACCACUUCAGUCCUCCUCCUUCCCCAAUGCAGCAUCAGCAGCGAGCCAGCCCAAUGUCUGAAAAUAUGCCAGGAAGUGGAGGUCUGCAUCACCAUCCACAGUCCAUCUCAGCUGUCCAUCCCUCAGACCAAAACCAGGGAGUGCAGCAGCUCCACCAUUUGGCCAACCAGAGGUCCUUCCAGAGGCCGAACCCUGUCCAAGGGCAGUGGCUUCAACCAGCUAAAGUUCAGGUUGUCAGAACCAACCAACCCAGUUCCUCUGCCCACUCCAGCAUGGUUGUAGGAAGUUCUGCUUACUCCCAGUUUGCCCAUCUGCCCCAAGAACUAGCAGAGCUUGGAGAAGGCUUCUGCCCAAGCCCCCUAGAUGUCAGGUCUAGCCUGCAGGUCCAGGCUGGUUUGAGCUCUGGAGCUUCAUACUCACUAGAUGAUGUUGACGUUGACCUGGUUUGUCAAGUGAGACCUACAACUGCCUAUGGGAGAGGGGCAGAAGCAGAGAGGGCAGGAGUUAAUCGUUUCGGCCAGGCCCGUCAGUUCAGCCGCAACCAGUCCAAAGCAGCCUACUACCCCAUGGAAGUUACAGAGUCAGCAAUGGGGCCUGCUGAUAGGCUUCAGUCAUCGCACGAUUAUCAGUACCACCAUCAGGGCAUGCUUCGACGCCCGCUUAGCGCCCACCCGACCUCCUCAUCUGCUCCCCCGAGACCUCUUAUCCACUCCCAAAGCGUCAGCGUCCGUUUCUCCUCCAGCAGCGGCAGCCUUGCUAGCGGGCCGUCACCUAGCCAUGGAUCAGGCUUCAGGACCUCAGCCUCCGCCCAGCACAUGGAUCCGUCUUCAGAACUGGCCUCUGUGGGAGGCGUGACAGCUUAUCAUGAUGAUCUCUUUCUGAUCUCGUCUCCUCAGUCAGACAUAUGCAUGGCAGGAGGCGGUACAUACCCUGGAGAGGCGGGGCGCUCAUCUAGGAACACUCCUUUUAUGGGUGUAAUCGAUAAGACAGCGAGGGUAAACCAGCAGUAUCAGCAACAGGCUCCUUCCAGUUCAGCUUCCUGCCUCAGCCCCUCUCGCUCCUGGGCGGUGUCGUCAGUGGACACGGUAGUCACCUCGCCCAGCAAGAACCCCACCAACCAGGGAGGCUUUGCCCCACCCCAGCCGUCGUCCAUCGCCUACCACAACCGCAGCAACAACAAUGCCCAUAACGGUAAUCUCCUCCACGACAACCAGCUCGACUACUACGAAGUGGUGCCUGGUAACAUUCGUCAGGGGGAAGGCUCGGUCCAUGUUGCCAGUCAGAACCCCUCCUACCUGGACGUAAAGGUGGCCCGAACGCUGCCGGUGAUCCACAGCUGCUCUGACAGACCGACCGAGAGACGGACUGGUCCUACCUCCCCUGUCAAACCAAAAAGACCCUUUGUAGAGUCGAAUGUGUAAAGAUAACCGAGGAAGAUUAAAGGAAUGUGAUUGAAAAGAACUUAGUGUGCCUGUAUAUUCCAAGAUUCAUCAGAUCUGUGGACUGACUAAAGCUCUACUAUGCCUGAAACAAACUAGUUUCUAUGGUGAUAGUUCAAAUGGGGAUAACAGUGCACACUUUGAGUCUAACCUUGAAGGUUGUUGCACUUACAAGUACAUCAAGAAGUGACUGAAGAUAAGUGAGAGCUGUAGAGAACACCUGGUCGAUUGCAGCAUGAAGUGCUCGCCAUAUUGUCGGUGUUGGAAUGACAAGCACUUAAUCUGAAGCAUACUGACUCCUUUAUUAUCCAGAAGAACUUCAGCAUAUACAGACAGGAAAUUGAAGGAAAUAUCUGAUGAGUGGAGAAACAUAAUGAAUGCAGAUGGUACAGUUGGGUAAUCAACAUUAAAUUAUGCUACGUGAGAUGUAUAAAAAUAGUGACGUGCCCAACUGGUUCUCAUUUUGUACAGCUAGCCUGGCUGGCAAGAGGAAAAUGUCUAAGUGACUUUGAAUAAGGGUUCAUCGUUGGGGCACAGAUGGCAGGAGCUUUAGUCACAAAGCCUGCUCAACUGACUGAUGUUUCACUUUCUGAUGGGAGUCGUCUCUUCUGGGAUGAUAGCGCUCAUCCAUACGAAGGGUCGCUGAAUGGUUGGAUGAGAAUGGAAGUGAUGUGAUCAUCACAGAUCUCUAGUCAGUUGAAUACAUAGGGAAGACUUUGUUAGACGGCACUCUCCACCACCAUCUUCAAAACACCAAAUGUGAGAGUAUCUUUUGAAAAAAAAUGGUGUUUAUCCCUCCAGUAGCGUUCCAGAGAAUUUGGGAAUCAGCGCCAAGGUGCAUUGACGUUGUUUUGGCAGCAAGUGGUAGCCCAACGAUAUUAGAAGGCUUUGUUUUGAUUUUUCCUUUAAUGUGUCACCUGUCCUGUAAGUACAACAUGGACCAAACUGGCCGUAAAGGAAGGCUCUGGCAGUUAACCAGCUGGAGACAAAGAAAAGAAGCAACGUCAAGGGGAAGAAGGAAAAUGUAUGAGGGUCUGAAUCAGCAGGCAGCUUUUGAAACAAAGCACAAGCAGGAAGAAGUAGACUGGAGAACAUCCAAAAUACAUACACAAAGAACUCAAAUCCUUCCUUCCCUUUACUGUUCACCUCUGGCUUAAAGUACAUUUUCAAACUGAAGUUCAAGUCCAUAUGGUGGUAUCCGGUCAGACAAAAGCACCACUAUUACCUUGCCUGCUGCCGACGCCUUUAAUAAAGAUUCACACUUCAAGUUUGAAGCGCUUAAAUGACACAGUGAGCGGAGUUUGAGAAACUACGACAAUGCUGUCAUUGAAUAAGCACUGACUUGUUGUACAUAAAACAAAAAAUAGGUGAUAUUUAUCUUUUUUAAGUUAUGUAUGUAUUAAACUGUACAAAUAUUGUUUUGUUUUUUUUAUUUGUUUUUUUUUUUCUUCUUAAAACUGUAUAUUCCGUUUGGAUUUGCCUUCAUGUUUUUAUUUUGGGAGGUUUUACAGUCUGAAGAUAGAAACUGGAACUUUAGAGCAAAGCUCAAUUUUUGGUGGCGUCUUUUUCUGCAUGGGUACAACGGCAUCGAUCUGUAGUGAACAGCCUGUAAAAAUGCCUUUAAACAUUUUGGGGAUUUUUUCCACUUCUAGUAGAAUUUUCUGUUUUUCUAUGAAGGUCUUUUGUAUUCUGUAGUCCUAAUCGUCCUAAUUUAUGCAAACCACAGCGAUCUUAACUGACAUAACAGGGUUCCUCACGCUCAUUCCAUUGAACAUAUAGUGCUUACAUGGCCCUGAGCUAACUAUUGGCUUCUCCUACUGUCAGCAAAUAUGCUAAUUGACUGUUUGCUAAUCGUCUCCUCUGAUCCGUAACUGUUUAGCAUAGCAUGCAGCGUAUUGUAUUUCUGUCAUAACGAAUUGGUGUGCAUUAAAUUAUAGCAAGAUCGAUGAUUUGCAUUCAAAGA